AUCGGCGAGGAGAGCAUCGAGCUCGGCGACCAGAUCGGCGGCGGCGGCGUCGCCCUCGUCUACAAGGGCUGGUGGGGCGACGAUCCCGUGGCCAUCAAGACGCUCUUCGACCCCAAGGUCGACGCGAAGCUCAAGCAGGAGUACAUGGACGAGCUCCUGGUGAUGAGCGAGCUCAAGCACCGGAACGUCGUCACCUUUUACGGCGCGUGCAUGGAGCCGCCGCGCCACUUCUUCGUCAUGGAGCUCUGCGACCGCAGUUUGUACGAGCUGCUCCACGGGUCGUCGAAGCGGGGCAUCGCGCCCUGCGCGCUGAGCGUCCACGAGAAGCUCCAGCUCGCCUGCGACGUCGCGGACGGCAUGGCGUACCUGCACGCGCGGAAGCCGCCCAUCGUGCACCGGGAUCUGAAGACCCACAACGUGCUCCAGGCGUCCAACGGCGUGCUGAAGAUCUGCGACUUUGGGCUCGUGCGCACGAAAAACAGCGGCGCGGGCACGCCGUCCUACAUGGCGCCGGAGCUCUUCACGGGCAAGCCUUUCAACGCGUCCGUGGACGUCUACGCGUUCGGCGUGCUGCUCUGCGAGCUCUUCUCCGGCGAGCAGCCCUUUUAUGGCUACGACUACAUGGACCUGCGGCGCAAGGUGCCCCUGGGCGAGCGGCCCGAGCUGCCGCGCUUCGACACGCCCGAGGGCAUCCGGCGGCUCAUCAAGGAGUGCUGGGACGAGGACCCGGGCCGGCGACCGACCUUCGAGGACGUCGUCGACGCCGUCGACGCC